AUGUCUACUACAUUACCAGAUUUAUUGUCGAAGCGAUUAACUAUUCUAAAGUACCCAAAGCCACAAUAUAUCAAUUUAGAAGAGAGAGAAGAAUUUAUCAAUGUAGUAAUUUAUCUAUUAGAAACAUAUCUAUCUAAAUCAUCAUCAUCAGUUGGAGAGGAAUCUACUUUAGAUCUACAAUUAGUAUCUGUUACCGAUACUUGGGAAGAUUCAUUUAAAAAAUACUUGAAUGAGAAUCAUUGUACACUUAAAAUAGAUAAUUUAUUAAUUUUAGAACAAAAACAACAAGCAUUAGAAUGGCUAACUACAUUGGCAAUCAAAUCUUCCUACAAAGAUAAUUCCGAUCAGAUACACGAAACUAAAUAUAAAUGUCUACAAAAGUUAAAGUUACAGUUAUUGAGUUUCGAUAGUACACCAGAGGAUCUAAAAGCAGCAAUCAUUAAAUUAGCAACUCUUUUUAAUAUACCAAUCAGUGAUAGUUUAACUCAAAUGUUACAUGCUAUUGUAAGAAUUGCAGAGAGAAAAUUCACAUCAAACAUUGUUGGUAAUCUAAAAUCAUCGACUUCAGGUGUACCUACAACUAAAACCACCACAACCACCACUACAACCACAACUAUCACAAACACAACGAAAGCUACAACCGAAGAUAAAGAAUAUAUCAAAACGAUCAACACUGAAAUUGUAAACAAUAAUAUCUAUCCACUUGGUUUCGAUCUACAAAAUGAAAAGAUGAAUUCAGUAGCUACCAUCUUGAGAUUACUCUACGUUUCAGAUCUAAGAGAAAUUCAAUCAAAGAUUAAUCAAGUUUUAGCUAUAGUUCAAAAUUACUCUGCAGAUCCACAGACAAAUUUCAAACUUGGUGUUGUUGGUAGAUAA